GUUGAACGUUACAAGUUGCCAACGUCAAUACCACGUCAAGGAGGCGGACGGAGACGCAAAGGCUAACCGUUAAGGAUAUUCAGCCCCCAAAAAACACAGACAAUUGAAUCGAGUGUAGAAGAUUGUCAUAUGUGAGCGCACAUUCACGAACAACCAUUCAUCCACAACCACUGCCAGCGAGUGCUGCUGUCUGCCUGCUGCAUUCGACAACAAAGUUCGACAACUUUGGAAAACUCUGCUCGGCCAGUUUGAUGCCAGUAAGUUGUGAACUUAGAACAGGUAGAGACACCGCGCGCUUUACAGUUUUCCUCGAAAUAUAAAAGAAAAUAAAACUCACGCACGCACAUACAGCCAGACAAAGGCACGGUGCUUUCCCAGCCAUUCUAGAACUGAACUGAACUUUGAUUACUGGCCAAAACGACCGACAAGCAGCCAGCCAAACAAUACAUAAAAAUAAUAAAAUCACAAAGAAAACAAUUUCAAAACUAAAUAAAAAAAGUUCAAUUAUUGUUUUUGUUGCCACCGAUUUUGAUGUGAAAAUUCAAAACAGCCGAACGCGAGAGCGAAACACACGUCAGUGGUAUUGGAAAACUUAGGGCCAUCGCCGUGUGUGGAUGCAAAAGAAGUUUAUUAUGUCAGCGAGUGUUGGUCCAAUGCAAGGCAUUCCAGUUCAGCCCAGCCACGACCAACUUGGCAAACGCAUCGUCUAGCAAAACUGACGGAAAGUCGCCAAAAGUUUUGGCCAUAAGUGCAUUCAUUUAACCAAGAAAAAGAAAUUAAAGGAAGAGAAAACUUAUGCCCAUAACAAACAAAACAAAAGAAAAAAGUUCAAAACUCCAAUAAAAAUUCCCAAAAAAAAACAAAACAAAAAAGUUAACAAUAUUAAAUUGACAACAAAGUGCAGACAAACUACCGAACCAAACAAGUGAGACAAGGUCCGUCAACGUGAAUCAAGAAUAAGUUUAAGAAAAAAAAGUUUGUGAAAAAAGUGAAAAGUAAAAUCAAAUCGUGUGAAACUUUUCGUGAAAGGUUGCCAUUCAAAACUAUGUCGAAUAUUAAGAAUUACAGAAGCUGUUGACUUUUGUGAGAGAAGUUUUCCAACAAAUCGUAAUAGAAAAUUUAGCGAAACAAAUAUAUAGCCCACCAGGAAACCCCCAGGAACAGCACCAACCACCCUUACACACUGCCUUUAAACAUGGCUCUACUGAAACGUCCCUUAACCAAGGAAACGGCAACAAUUGCCGAAAAUAACAACGCCAACAAAGUUGACACAGAAUACGAAACAGCUGCUAAACGUAAAAAACGCUCAUCACGUGACGAUGACACCAACAAUAACAACAACAACAGCAGCAAGUUGGACGAACGUUUGGCAUUGCCUCAAAAGAAACGUGGCCUUGAUACGGGAAUGGGAAAAUCCACAAAUGAGGACCAAGACGAUGAAACCUUAAUUCGAGAAACCCAGGCUGCAUUGAAAAGCCUCUCAGGCAGCUGGCCAGAGGCCGGACGCAAUAAUCCCUAUCGCCUAAACGAGCAGGAUGACCAACCACCGGCAUUUCAAAAUCUCUUUGAGGAAAAGCAAAAGUAUGAAGCAAAAUCUAACAGCCCUACGCAAUCUGAGGAUGUAACUUAUAACCACUUUGAAUUCUCUCGCCUCCACAGACAAAAGGAAAACGACCAGGCACGAGUCAAUACCCAAAAUCAGGAACAGGAUACUACCCCAUAUGGUUAUGAUGAUCGCAAGAAGAGUGCCUUUUCCCAGGCCUCGGCAUUUAAGCCGCCGCAAGAUAUGAAACGUAACGGUUAUCCAAAUGUCAAUCCAUACGCCUCCUCCUAUUCGAAUGGGGUGGCAGAUGUCACAUCGUCUUCUUAUAUGGGUUAUCAUCAUUCGCAUAGCACAGCUUCGAUUUUAUCAAAUCGUCCAAUGGAACGCAUCUCCCCCGUGGAACCGAUAAAAGUUGAAUCGGAGAUGGGACACAAAUCCCAAGAUGAGGCCACAAAACAAUAUACGAUUUUACAGCCAGCUGGCCUGGGUAGUCGUGCUGCCUCCGUAAUGCAGGAUAUUAGUCGCGAUGGUCCGGUCUCUUCGUCCAUGAUGACGGCUGGCAAUGAACCUCACAUAACAUCCAGUGCCAGUGUGAUAAAUCAGCCUAGCUAUUCGCCGAGCAGCUUAAAUCGUGAUUCCGUGGAAAAAAUCUCUUCGAAUCAGUAUCUGAAUAACACAGUCAGUUGUAACGGAAACCUCAUUGCUAACAAAAGUCCUUCCCAGGAUUCCAACGGCAGCAGCAACAACAACAACCACAUUAGUAGCGGCAACAAUAUGCCCAUCAUCAAGUCCGAGUUCAGUCCAGUGCCAAAUAUUAAAUCCGAAUACAAUAAAAGUCCAAUGCAUUCGUAUCUAUCGAACGACAACACAAAUGCCUCGGGACGUGCAAACUCGAAUGGCACAAGUUCCUCGGUGUCAGCUGCCAAUGGUGGCAACAGUGGCCAAAGUGGUGCUGGCAACAACGCCACAUCCGGAACACUUCAGCAGCAACAACAACAGCAGUCACACAACGACAUGAACCGUUUCGUGGGCAUGCAGUCGCAUGCCAUUAGCGAUCAGCAAAGUCCUCACAACAGCCAGACAAUGCAUCAGCAACGGGGUCCAUUCAUUGAGGGCUCUUCCGGUCUGAUGAUGUCCGCGGGCAAUACAACGGCAAGUGGUGAUGGCGUGAGCGAAUCCUAUCACAAUGACCACCAUUCACAGCAGGCCAACACACAGCAGCAAGGCGACCCCCAACAACAACAACAGCAGCAGCAACAACAACACCAACAACAACAGUAUGAACACAUGCGUUACGGCCAUCACGUUUCGAAUGGCAGCGACAGCCUGAGUAAACCACCGUCGGCCUACGGAGCCAGUGACAUGUUGUCCAGCAGUAACAACGGCAACCUUUCGCCCAGUUCCCGUAGCUAUGAUCCCAAUCCUCCAACAUCGAUAUCGUCCAGUGUGUCUUCGUCCUAUGUGGAUUCUUCAACACCUUCGGGUGGUGUCAGCGGCUUGAGCACAGCCUUUGAGCGUUACGAUCCCAACUGUGGUGGCCAACGACCGGCCAAUAUGUAUCCAUAUCUCCCCCAGUCGGCUGACGACAUUCACUCCCAACAACAGAAAUAUCUGCAAGACCAACAGCUGCUGAUGGCCAAGGUGGAACAUGAUGAGAUGACAAACGGUGGCCCCAUCUAUCCUAGGCCCAUGUACCACUACGAUCCCAGCAUGGGUCCUUUGCCACCUGGAUUUUCGGCCAUAAAUCUGUCCGUGAAAAUGGCUGCUGCCCAAGCAGCUGCUGCAGCGGCGGCAUAUCAAAACCAACAAACCCAACAACAACCGUCGCAAGCAUCCGUUCAGCAGUCACAACAUCCCCAGCAAAGUCAGCAACAGCAGCAGCAACAACAACAGCAACAGCCGAAGCAAAGCGGUUCGCCAUCGCCCUCCGCCGCUCCAGUUGUGGAUCUUUCCGGUUCUACAUCCGUAACAUCGUCCAGUCCUCAGGGUUUCAAUUCGCCAGCUUCACACAACCAGUACAGCCAGAGAAUCGGUGCAGGAAGUCCCCAGCCAGGUGCCAGUCCGAAUGUGGCCAGCCCCCAAGUGCCAAGUCCCCAGGGUCAAACAUUGGAUCUGACAGUGAGCCGAUUGCCGCACAGCAUCAUCACCAGUCCCCAGUACGGAGCCCAUCCUGAUGGUGUAGUGGUAGGUGCCCAUCCGCAAGGAUUUGGUCCCGGAUUGCCGACAUCGGCAGCAAAUGGUACGCCUCGAUCUCCUCACAUGGAACCUGUUGAUUUUAGUGGUCCUACUCGUCCUUUAGGCUUUGGUCUCGUUGGUCAUAUUGGUGGUCCCCGGCCCUAUAGUCGUGAAUCAACCCCGGACAGUGGUGGCUCCCAUUACAUUGACAGUUAUCGGGAUCCCAGUGGUUACUCUCCCCAUCCCGGCUAUGGUAUGGUUGUCCAGUCCGAUUAUCCCCCAGCCGGCUAUCAUGGUUAUGGAGCAGCCGCCGCAUAUCAGUGUAGCAAUCCUUAUGCCACUGCUGUUGGUCCGGGCGGAUAUCCGACCCCAGUAUCGGGUGGCUAUUCGACAAGUCCAGCAUCCUGUUACUCCAUGCCACCGCCUCAGCACAUACCACAGCAUGACAAGUCGAAGGAUAGGUUAGUUGAAUGUUUGACUGGCUGUCCACGAACGGAUCGCAAUCAUCUCCAACCCCAUUCACAAGAACUGAAAUGUCCAACACCCGGCUGUGAUGGCUCUGGCCAUGUUACUGGUAAUUAUUCUUCGCAUCGCAGUCUGUCGGGCUGUCCCAGAGCCAAUAAGCCAAAGAGUAAACCACGCGAUGGCCAAGACUCGGAACCGUUGAGGUGUCCCAUCCCUGGCUGUGAUGGUUCUGGCCACUCUACUGGCAAAUUUCUAUCCCACAGAAGUGCAUCUGGUUGUCCUAUUGCUAAUCGUAACAAAAUGCGUGUCCUUGAAGCUGGCGGCACUGUGGAACAACACAAGGCCGCUGUGGCUGCCGCAACUGCCAUGAAGUUUGAUGGUACGUAUGCCACUACUUUAUCCGAAGAUCUAGAAUCCAAGGCCUACUUUCGCUCUUUUUCACCAUCAGGAUGUGGAUCAGCUUCGCAAGCCAUAAAAAAGCCCAAAUUCGAUGAGGUUACCAUGGUCUAUCCCAAAGGCUAUACAGGUAUGGACAUGAUGAUGAAUGCAGUGGGUGGUGGUUCAUCCGUUUCGGUGUCUGCCGCAGCCGCGGCGGCAGCAGCUGCUGUCUCAGCAUCCGCUUCAGCCUCCUCAUCCUCGUCAAACAUUCCGCUGGGCAAUGGCAACAGCUCGUCCAGCAUCUCGAGCAGUGUGGCGGCCGGCAUGCUGCCCGACAGCCUGUCACAGUCGGUCAGUGCCGCCGCAUCCUCGUCGUCCGCAUCGUCCUCCGCCACAGCAGGUAUACAUUCCAAUACAACUGGUAAUGAAACAAAUGAGGAUCUUAAUACUUUAGAGGCUGAAAUCACAGAACUGCAGCGUGAAAACGCCCGUGUCGAGUCUCAGAUGAUGCGUCUCAAGUCGGACAUCAAUGCCAUGGAGUCACAAUUGAACACCAGCGAUAGGGAGACUUCUCCGCUGAGUGCUCAUCAACAGCGUUCUCUCGCUUCGGUGACUAGCACUGCUGGAGGAACAGCAGCUCUUGCUGCAGUCUCCUCCAGCCGCACGACCAGUUCCCUCGCGGACUCCACCAAUGGCGGCAGCAACGCUAACGGCCACACCAACAGCCUCACGAACUCCUUCGCCGGUAUCAACAGUCACCUAGGAGCAGGUGGCGGAGGAGGAGUAGGAAAUGGAAGCGCCACCUCAUCCGGCCUAGAUGCAGGAGGAAAUGCUAGUUCCUCCUCCAUUAAUGACGGCUAUGGUUCAACAACGUCUGGCCCUUCAUCGUCUUCCUCUUCCUCCAACAUUAACAAUUACUACGAAAGUUUACGCAACAAUGUAAUCACCCUAUUAGAACAUGUACGAAUACCACCAGCUGGUCAUGGCACCGGAGCAGCGACUGGCAGUCCAUUGGCAGCCACCUCAAGUGUGUCCGGUGUUUCCAAUCAACAUUCAGCCUAUGCAACUCAUCCCACAUUAAUACCACCAGGUCCCUUGCCCAGUGCAUCCAUAUCGGCCAGUAGUGCUGUAUCAAUGUACGGCAGUACCAUGCAUCCGCUGACAAGCUCACAUCCCGGCGGUAUGCAUCCGCCACCACCACCACCCCCUCCUCCGACACACGCCUCAGCCGCUCAUCAUCCCUAUACCGUACAUCAUCCUGCCGGUUAUCCUCAUCCAGAACCAUUCGAUUCAUACAUCUCCAAGUUACAAUCGCUGUGCGUGCCACCCGAUGUCUAUGCUUUGCCCGAAGAUACCGGCAGACCAGUAUACGAUUCUGUCAAGUCCAGUCUGCAUCAGGACUAUACAGUUAUGCCCACACCCAUCUAAAUACAGGCAGAGGUCAGGAGCGAGUCCAGUUUUCUGCAUUUUUGUAAAUAACUCAAAAAAUUAGAAGUUAAGCCACCAAAUACCAAAUUCUACAAUAUGUUAUGGUUCCAUGUAUAGAUCAAAUCCAAUGUGCAAUGUUUCUUAAGGAUAUCUAUGCUGUACACCCAUCGCACAGAUAUCCAAUUGUAAAUAUCCCCCAUUUCAAAAAAUUAGCAAAUAUAUAGUAAAAAUAGUAAUGGAAAGAAAAAAAGAAAAAACUUUUAAAGUGUUUAGAUAUAAUGUUGUCAAAUAGUAUUUCAAGGUCGAGGCAUUUUUUGUAAAUUAAUUUUAGUUCUAGUUUAUUUUCAAAAUAUAACUAAGGUAUUAUGCAAAGUAUUCGAAUAGAAAACACUUGUGAUGAUUAGUAUUCGUUAGUUAUGUGAGAUGAAAGGAGGAGAAUUCAUAAUAGGCUAGAUAUCCUACAUGUAUUCUCGUACUUGAAGCUAUACCAAGUAUUUUAAAUCAAAAUUAUGGAAAACAAUUUAUAAAAGUAAUGUUUGUUUAUUAUGUUUUUCUUUCUUUUUGUAAAUUUAAAUCUGCAAUAAUUUUAAGAGCAACCCCCACAUACAGAUAAGUGCAAUAAUAUUCGUAAUAAUUAAUUAUUCCUUUAUAUCAACUAUAAAUAUAUUUUAUUAGCUCCUUAAUAAUGAAUGUACAUAAUAAUAACUAUAGAUAUAUUAAGACUACAAUAAACAAUUACUUACAUACAUGCCUACUGAAAUAUGCAAAAUAAUAUAACUAAUGUAAGUAUCAGAGUCCUCUAUGUGGACUCUAAAAAAAGUAUUAAUAAAAACCAACAAAUAAGAAACAUUAUUUGAAAUAAAUUAAA